AUGGAAUCAAGUGGAAUAGCAAUUCCAGUAACCAUGAACAAGCUCCGUUAUUUCAGCAUUGAGCGCUCCACUAUCUCUGAGAUAAAGAUGGGAAGUAUAUGCAACAAAAGCAAGACGGUUUCUCCUCUACACAAUCCGAAAGAGCCAUGCUUCUUGAGCCUCUCCAGAGUGUAUAUAUAUAAAUUGCAGAUGCCUGAGGGAGCUGACACGUUGCUGAUGUUUGCUUCAAAUCUUAAAGAACUUGAUGUUCUCGGUGCAGAUCAACUAGAAGAUAUAAUAAACAAAGAGAAAGCUUGUGAAGUUGGAGAAUCAGGGAUUGUUCCUUUUGCAAAGCUGGUUUCUCUCCAGUUGGCGGAUCUACCGAAGCUAAAGAAUAUCUACUGGAGUCCUCUACGCUUUCCAUGUCUAAGAAAAUUCAAUGUAAGAGAUUGUCCAAAUCUGAAAAAGCUUCCACUGGAUUCUCAAAGUGCCAUGCAUGGUGAAAAUGGACUCGUCUUAGAAUACGGAGAAGAAAGUUGGAUUGAAGGUGUGGAAUGGGAGGACGAAGCUACCAAAUCUCGCUUCUUAUCUUCUUCCAAAUUGUAUAAGGAUGAACAUAUAACAGGUAUCUCCUGA